AUGGUUAAAGCUUCCUCUAUCGUUGUUGCCUCCCUCUUUGCUGUCGGGUCAGCUUUGGCUUUUGUUAGCAGCUAUGACGACCUCGACAGCCGUGACCUGAUCGAGGCAGACCUCUACGAGCGCGACUUGUACGAGCCUUUCGAACUCGACCUUCGCGAGUACAUCGAAGCCCGUGAGGUCGAAGAAGCCAUCCAAUUUUACCAACGCGACCCAUUCAUUGGGCGCAUUCUCGGAGGCGCUAAGCGUUUCCUCUUCGGCAGGGGACUCGACAUCGAAGACCUCUCCGACCGCGAUGUUGACGACCUCAUCGAGGAUGUUGUCGCUCGUGACCCCUUUAUUGGAAAAAUCCUCGGCGGUGCGAAGCGCUUCCUCUUUGGACGCGACCUCGAAGAAAUAGAAGCCAUGGAGGCUCGUUCGCCGUUCAUCGGGAAGAUCUUCAGGGGAGUGAAGAACGUGCUGUUUGGGCGGGAUGAUUUGGAGGCAAUUGAAGCCCGUGAUCCGUUCAUCGGCAAGAUCCUGGGCGGUGCCAAGAGGUUCUUGUUUGGAAGGCAUAUUGAACUUGGAGGGACUCAGGACCUUGAAGUUCGCGAUCCCUUCAUUGGAAAAGUGUUUGGUGGUGUCAAGAGAUUCUUGUUCGGAAGGGAGGACGGGGUUGGAUUUGAGGCGCGAUCGAUCGACAGUAGCCUGGAUGAACUCGAUUAG